GUGGCGCCUUUCGAGACGCAUAUAGAGCAAAAUCAAUCGUCGGAGAACAACAAUGGGUAGUGAAAAAGUACUCCGAACAUUUCAAACUAUUACCAAGAAACUCAAUAUGACUUUGGAAAACCACACGCGCAAACAAGUACAAAUGCAUGCUGUUGCACGAAAUAUCACCSCACGCUUUGCUACAAAAGUUCCCGUGGAAUUUGGUGAAGUAUUUAAGUACAGAAAGGUUUUUUGUUCUAUGUAUGAAGAUUGCCCAAUCACAGUGGAAGAGUUCGUCGAUGGUGAUUUCAUGAAGUAUGUCAAUAACGAUGGAAACUGUAUUGAUCCUCCGAGCGAAGAAUAUGAUGACAUUUUUGCAAAAGCUCAAUGUCUCACUCACUUCAGUUAUCUCUAUUCAAAGAAAAAAUUGAUGCUUGUGGAUAUUCAAGGAUCAAAGUACGAACUAUACGAUCCAGAAUUGGCCACCACCGACCUACACGAAGACGGCGAAACUAGCGAGUUGUUUUUUUGUGCUGGGAAUCUUUCCUUCAUGGGCAUAGACAAUUUUAAAGACGUUCACAAGUGUAAUAAGUUCUGUGAAAUGCUUGAACUUGAAGCCCUUUGA